AACCCAAAUCAAACAUAAAGCCAAGGCACAAGACAAGGCAAAUAAGAACAACACCGACAGAUACACACAGACAGGCACAGAUUCAGAUUCAGACUUGCGACUUCUUAAUAAAACCUUACAAAUAAAUCAAAAGAUAUCCCACCUUUUAAAACAACUCUUCUUCUUUCUCCCUACCUACUCAAGUAUUCAAGAAUACCCCUUCAACCGUCAUACAAUCAGUAAUCUUUUGGUAUGUAUGUAUUCUUUCCAUGAAAAAUCUUUAUUUUCGAUGUACUCAUUCACAUCAUGUAUCUAUAUAACUUCAAGAAAGAGUCAAUAUGAUUUUACAGCUCUCUCCUCUACCCAUUUCAUACCCACUUUAUCUAUCCUCUUCCGUCAUCUUCGGCAUAGCCGCUCGCGUGUUUUUCAGUUGUCGCUAACAACAAAAUCGUGUCUAGCAGAAAUCCCAGCCCACUUACUUACAAGUCCAUAACUACUGCGACCUCGAGAAAUCCAUCAACGUACUCGACCAAAACCUUCCUACCACACACCACUCUCCAUACAAAAUAAUACAUACUUCAAAAUGGCUUUGAAGAGAAUCAAUAAGGAACUCACAGACUUGGGCCGGUAUGUUAUUUCUUCCGUCAUAUUUGUCACCGCCACGAUGCCUGAAGGAUCUUGGUGGGGCUACAUCGUGAGCGGGGUCUUGUGUGCAGGAUUAUCAAAAACUUCAUGACGGCGAUGAUAUUUUAUUUGGAUGGUCUUGGGGAUAGUAUGCUAAUGUGAUUUUUCAACAGUGAUCCUCCCUCGUCAUGCUCUGCUGGACCCAUAGGAGAUGAUUUGGUAUGUUAUUCUUCGAUCGAAAUUUGAUACCAUUUGAGGCACAGAGCACCUUCAAAUGCGCUCAAGAUGGAUAUUAUGGCAAGCAAGUAUAUCAAAGAAGGGACACUAAUAUUGUUGUUUCAUUUAGUUCCAUUGGCAAGCUACUAUCAUGGGACCUGUAAGUUUGAUCUUAUCCCUAAUUUUCUUUGAACUGAUGGCCUUCCACCGCUAAUCUAUAAACUCUCGAAUCUCGAUUGGUUAUUAUGAUUAUUAGCAACAUACUGACAUCUUUUCUAGUCCGAUUCCCCAUACACCGGAGGUGUUUUCUUCCUCGCCAUUCAUUUCCCUACCGACUACCCAUUCAAGCCUCCCAAGGUUAGCUUCACAACUAGAAUCUAUCACCCAAACAUCAACUCGAACGGUAGCAUCUGUUUAGACAUCUUAAGAGAUCAAUGGUCCCCCGCUUUGACUAUUUCUAAAGGUAUCUUGUUGAUUUUGAUUAUUUCUUGAUAAAACACAACUGAUUUGUAUUUUAGUUCUUUUGUCUAUCUGUUCCAUGCUUACCGACCCCAACCCCGAUGACCCACUUGUUCCAGAGAUCGCACACGUUUACAAGACCGACCGAUCUAGAUAUGAGGCCACAGCUAGAGAAUGGACUCGAAAAUACGCCAUCUAAAUUACCUUCUAUAACCUUCAAAUUACAUAUGACAAGGCAUGAUGGAUAGGAAUAAUGGAUGGGCUAACGAAUUUCCUCUGUGUUUUCUCUAUCUUGUUCUUUCUGUCCUAUUGCGUAAAGGAUUUGCUGGCGUCAACGAAAUUCGAUGAAUGGACAACUUUUUGGUCUGGGUUCACUUAGGUACUUUACUCUUUUACACGAAACACAUUACAUGGCAGGGUUGUGAGCGCUACUGCUUGGGGGAUAUUUUUGCGAUGGAUUGGGGUAGGAAUCGUGGGAGAGGUUGAGAAGAUUUGUGGAGGAUAGAUAUCGGGAGAAUACAAUGUGAUGGAUGAUGAAUAAGGGAUGGGGGUUGGGGAAAUAGAUAAUCAUGUUACAUGAUGGAUAGGUUGUCGUCGUCACCUUCUUUUUCUUACUAUCCCUCCUAUUCGUUGAUAUUCAGGUCUAUAGCAUUACUCGGAGCUUUUCUCAUUUUGUGAUAUGUUGUUCCUCUU